CUUUUCCACGCUCGCUUAUCUGCAAUGGCAGCCCGUCAAGCAUGAGCUUUAUUUCUCAGCUCUGGCGUCUGAACAAUGAAAGCUCCUUCUUCUUCGUCUUAUGCUUCAACAAGCUCUCAUCUUUCUCGUGUCUUUGCUCCGUUUCGUGGAUUUAAUUCCUCUGGACCUAAUAAUAGAAAUUCGGUCACUCUCCUCAGGCCAAGCAAACGCAAUUCCCUUUCUUUGAGCUCCCGAUUCAAAUCCUCUCGAUUGCUCACAGUUUCGGCUUCGAAUUCCUCUCGAUCGGCGUCUUCCGGCGCUGAAUCGGUGAGCCAAAUCGGUUCGUCGGAGGCGGCGGAGGGUUCGAAUGAGGCAGUUGCCGGCGAUAAGGUCGAAGCGUCGCAAGGGGGAUUCCAUGUGGGGGUGGGAAACCCUAGCCUUCCAAUCCCAUCGGUGGCGAAAUUGAGCUUGAGCGACCAGGCUUUCUUUCUCCUUGCCUUCAUUGCCUGCACGACUUCCGUGGCAUUUGCAAGCCUUGCAGUUGCAGCUGUACCAACUCUCUAUGCAAUGGGGAGAGCGGCAACGUCUCUCUCAAAGCUAGCCGAUACAGCUCGCGAGGAGCUUCCCAGCACAAUGGCGGCAAUUAGGCUCUCGGGAAUGGAAAUUAGUGAUCUGACCCUGGAAUUAAGUGAUUUGAGCCAAGAGAUAGCUGAUGGGGUCAGCAAAUCUACUCAAGCUGUGCAAGCAGCAGAGGCUGGAAUUCGACAGAUCGGUGCGCUUGCCCGGCAACAGACCAUGUCGAUGAUCGAAGAGAGGGCAAGCCUGCCUAUCAUCUCUUUGCAACCCGUCGUUGUUGGUGCAGCUAAGAAGACUUCUCGUGCUGUUGGCCAAGCCACAAAAACCUUUAUGAAUAUGAUCUCUAGAGGGGAAUUUAGCCUUGAGAAUGAAGAUGACAGUGGAAUUGAUAGAGUGGAUUAAGUUUGCUUCGCUCCUACUUAUCAGUUCUGCUAUCUGUUCAUAAACCGUUUGUGCACAAAUGUUGGGAAAUCCAUCUCCAUUUCUUCCAAUGAGUUUCAUGCCUGGUUUCUUUUUGUAUUGCAAAUUCAAGCAGGAGAUGAAACACUCCAUAAGCCCUAUGUGCCCAUUGUCUGAUAUACCCUCGUAGGUUUUUUUUUUUUUUUCCCCCCUUAAAUAACUUUUUCAUUAUUUGUAUAGUAUGUAAAGACAUUUUUACUACCUGGUAUGACGAUAGCAUCACAACCCAAAUCAAGUUGGGCGAAAUUUCCAAGACUGGCUUGCACGUGUCUAUUAU